AUUAACUUUUAUUAAUUUAAACAAACAAACAAAAAGAAAAACAAAACAAAAGAAAAAAAGAAAAGAAAACAAAUCAAUUUUCAAUUAUUCAAUUAUUUAUUGUUUUAUUUAUUUACUUUUAAAUAAACAAAAAAAAACAAAAAGAAAAGAAAAGAAAAAAUAUUUUUUAUAAAUAUGGAUUCGAGUUCUGAUGGAUCAUCGAUCAGUGAAUCAACACUUACUUCUGGAACAUAUACUUUACCAGGUGGUGGAAGUUCACAAAUUCAACGACGUGAUUCAAUUUCUUGUAAAUUUGAACCUUCUAUUAUUUAUACACCAAAUUAUAACUACAGAAAAAACGAUACAUACGAAAAUUAUCGUCCACUUUCAGCUCCAAAAACUUAUUCCAAUCAUCGUUUACAAGUGAUGAAUUCAGAUCUUUUAAUUAAGUAUCCUGAAUUGGAUUAUUCACAUGAAAAUCAUUCACCACAGCCUUAUGAUAUACAAAUUCAAUCUAAUAGAAACUAUAAUAUCCGAUCAAGUUAUGAAAUUGAAUUGAAUAAAUAUAAACAUUCUAGUAAUAGAAACAAUUCUAGUAAUAGAUCCCAUUCAAGAUUCAAUACAAUCACAGGAUCCUUUAAUCAUAAAUCAUUGAAUGAUGGAUUGAAAUUUUAUUCAUCAGUAAGAUCUCGUUCCAAUCCAUUUAAAGUAGACUAUCAUCAAGGGAAUAUAUCUGAUACUCAUGAUCGAUAUAGUUUCCUUCAUUCAGGUAAUGAAUCACAUAGACGUCCACUUCUUUCUAAUUUACAAAAUCAAUUAAAUCCCCCUCAUACAAAUGAUGUAUCAAGAACAUAUAGACCAUUAAGUAGUCAUGAAAAACAUUUAUCAACACGUUCACUUUGUUCAAGAUUACCAUCACAGAAACAUCUUGAACAAACUAAUGAGAUUGGUUUAUAUAAAACUGCAAUGUUUGUUAUUCCUGCACCUACUUCUAAUUCUUUACCGAAUGUACAAAAUGAUGAUUUUAUAUCUUAUAGAAAAAAUCCCAUGAAUCAAUCAGUUCAUUAUUAUAAUCAUAAUCGUCGUCAUCACCAUCAUCAUCAUCAUCAUCGACACAGAGAUAACAGUGAUGGUUGUCUAAAUACUAAAUAUAAUGAAAAAGUACGUACUUAUAUUUGUAAAGGAUGUGGACGUUCAUCGUUGAAACGUAAGAAAGUGAAAAAUUCAACUUAUUCUCUUGGUAAUUCAUGUAUAUCAUUAGAUAAAUGUUCAACUCCCCAAUUUAUUCAUUCAACUAACAAUAAUAAUAAUAAUAAUAAUAAUAACAGUCAUCAUUCUCAUCAUGAUAUAGAAGAUGAUUAUGAACGGAUUAUAUUUCAAUCCCCUGAAUAUUCCCAAGAUGAUCAUCGAUAUUAUACAUCAAUGGAUAGAAAAUCUUAUAAUCUCAAUAUAAUAAGUAAUAAGUCUCGAUCUAAUGUCAUUCCAAAUAGUAAUGUGAAUAGUUUAAAUCAAAUUGAAUUAUAUGAUCAUUUAUCAAAAAAUUUAAAAUCUUCACAUCAAAUAUCUAAAUUAGAUUGUAAUAAAAUUAUAGUUGAUAUUAAACCAAGACAAAUGAAUGAAGCGGAUAAACAACAACAUAUAACUCAAUGGAUUCAACUUGGUACAUUAGGUGAUACACCUAGUUCACCAACUAUAUCACCAUUACCACCUGAUGAAUAUCAAGAUAAAGAUUUUAUGAUACAUUCAUCAAGAUAUUCUGAGGAACAAGUUAAUGAUAAUAAUGAUAAUGAGGAUGAGGAUGAUGAGGAUGAUGACGAUGCUAUUGCUAUAACUACUGAUAAUGAAGAAAAUCAAGAUUACAAUGGUUGGAUCCAUUCAAAAGUAAUCACCCAUAAUCAAGACAUGAAUAACAAGGAAUCAUCUUAUGAACAAUAUAAACAACAAGAAAAUCGUGAUGAUAAUGAUGAUAAUGAUAAAGAAGUGAAAAUACAAAUUAUUAAACAACAAACAGAUUUCAUUUUGAAUAAUGAAAAACAUGGAAACCUUCAUGAAGGUAAUUUAAUUAUUAGUCGACCAACAUCUGAAUAUACAAAUACUUCGACUAAUGAAAUCAAAUUAGAAUUUGUCAAUAAUCCAAAUCAUAAUCAUCAUCAUCAUAGUAAUUUUAGUAAUACUAAUUACACUACUGAUAAUGAAAUAAGUAGUAUAAAGAAUAAAAUAAUUAUGGAACCGAUGAAUUCAAACCCAAAUCUUCUUCUGAAUAAUUCACGUGUUAAAAAUACUUUAUCAUCUGAACCAUUGAAUGAACCAUCACCUCAAUCAACAUCUACAGAAGAUAUUACUUCUAAUUCUAAAUCUAAUCAUAAGAAUAAAUGUCAAAAUGAACGUAUUAUUACUAUUAAAGAUUUAAGUAGUUUAAAUGAUCCGACUAAAUCAUCUCUAGGUAAACAUUCUUCAUUAUUAAAUCCUAAUAUGGAUUCAAAUGAAUAUAAUGAUACAACAACAUCAUCAUCAUCAUCAUUGAAAUGUAUUCCAUCUAUAUUACCUAAACCAAAAUUAUAUAAUAUGAAUGAAAUCAGUAGUAUGGAAAAACAAAAAAAUCCUACAUUAAUUACAUCAGAAAUACGUUAUAUGAAUAGUAAAAUAUCAAGUCAUUUAUCAAAUACAACAAAUAUCAAUUCAUUAUUAUUAUUAAAUACAAAUUCUAAUCAUAUAGAAUUAUUAAAUGGUUCAACUGAACUAGCAACUGAUUUAUAUCCAAAUUUAGUGAAAACACGUGAUACACCAAUACCAAAUGUUAAAAGUUUAGUAACCUAUUUUACAGAAUUAAUUAAAGUUCAUACAGAUCUAAAUGAGAUCAAUCAUUCGAAUAAUAAUAAUAAUAAUGAUAUAAAUAAAGAAAAAGAUAAUAAUCAUUGUGAUAUUACUUAUAAUCAAUUUAAUAAUAGUAAUAAUAAUAAUAAUAAUGAUAAUGAUAAUGAUGAUUUAGAUAUACCAGCAAAUAUAUCACCAUUUUUAUUACAUCAUGAAACACCUAUUGCAAGAGAACGUCGUUUACAAGCUGUUGAAAUGUUAAGACGUCGUUCAACAAUUCAUAUGACAUAUGAUCGUUAUAGAGUAUUUCCACCUGGUUACAGUACUUCAACAUCACCAUUAUUAGAAAAAUUCAAUCGUAAUAUAAUAAAUAAUAACAGAGAUGACUGUAAUACUACUAAUAAUAAUACUGACAAUAAUAAUAAUGAUGUUUGUAAUGGUAAUAAUAAUGAUAAUAAUAAUGAAAACAAUAAUCAUAUAUUUAUAAAGCAACAUAAUAUUGAUCCUAUUCAUCGAUCCGUUUCAUCACCAAAAUAUCAAGUACGUAUGCAAGCCAAUUUACAAAAAGAUUCAACAGCUAUAGUUGCUUAAUAGAUUCUUUUUUCGGGGGUGAGAGUGGGGGUGGAAAUUAUUUUAAUACAUUUAUAUAACACAUAGAUCAUUAAUAAUAAUAAUCAUCGACUGUUGUUUUUUCUUUAUAAUUUUUUAUCUCUUUGGCAUCAACUCCACCCUUUUUGAAAUUUUCUCGGUCAUUUUUUCUUUUUUUCUUUUCAUUCCCUUUUUUUAUUUCAUUUUUAACUAUAAUUUUUAAUUAUUCCGUUAUUAUCCAUGAAAGUUUUUGCAAUUUUUUUUUCGUAGUUUCUUCCCGCUCCCCAACUUUUCGUUUUUCUUUAUUUUUUUCUUUUUUCUUGUUUUUCAUUUCUUUUUGUUUCAUUUUAAGUUCAACAGAAUAGUUGAUUUUUUUUCACCUUAUGAACCAUAAUUUUAAAUCAAGUUUUGACUAUGGAUAGAAGUUUUUGUAUUUUUUUCAUUGUUUCUUCUCUCACCCCUUUUUGGUUUUUUCUUAUUUUUCUUUUUUUCUUUUUUUUACUCCUUUUUGUUUCAUUUCAAGUUCAACAGAAUAGUUCAGUUUUUUUUAACCUUAUGAACUAUAAUUUUAAAUCAUUUUUUUUAAUUAUGAAUAAAAAGUUUUUGUAUUUUUUUCGUUGUUUCUUAACCCCCACCCCCAAAAAACUUUUCAAUUUUCUUUUUCUUUUUUCUUUUUUCUUUCUUCUUUCAUGUUCAUAGUUCAAUAUUUUAUUUCAAGUUAAAGUCAUUUAAACAUAAAUAUCAAUAGCCAAUAAUGAUUUCAUAAUGUAUAAAUAAUUAAAAAAGCAAAACAAAACAACAACAAUAAAAAAAGAAAAGAAAAGAAAAGAAAGAAAACAACUUUCCAUAAUGAAAAUGAUGUCGUUUAGUCAAUCCAAAAAAAUAAACAAACAAACCUAAAAGUAGUCAAUACAGACUAAAGUGUUUUGAAAGAUUGAAAUUUAUUUUGAAUAAUUUAAUCAAACUUAUAAAUAAGAUAAUGAAAAGGUAUCUAAGUGUUUCAUUGAGAAAAAAUUUCAUAUCAUUUUAUAUCAUUCAUAAGUAAUUGUAACCAUCAAAAGGAUAACAACAGUACUCAUUCAAAAUAAACAAUACAGUUG